AGUAAUCACUCGUGAUGGCCUUUCAUCACCAAUUGGUAAUCAUGAAGAAAAAUGAACUUGUAGAUCAUGUUUGCUGAUCCGGCAAACGAACGAUUUGAUAUCAUGUUGUUCCCAUACGCGGAUGGAUGCAUUCUGCUUCCGUGUGGUGUUUCCUGUUCAUUGUCUUUUCUACGAGUACGAGGUAUGAUUACCUGUGUGUAACUAACACGUUAUCUAUAUGGCGCUAUUGGUGCGCCAUCUUCAUGCGUCGCCAUGCAAUGUAUGCGCUGCCAGUUGGCGGCCCCUCUUUUCUCGACUUCAGAGGGGACAAGCUCGGGAGGGAGGGAGGGAGGAAAGGAGGAGACGGAGGAGAUGAGUCCUUGAGGGGUGGAGUGGAGAGGGAAAGGACUGCUCAUUUUAUCCACUCCAUAUGAGUAUCCUAAGAGUGAGACUACCUAUAGUUACCACGCGCCGUCUUACUACUCACUUGAACAAGAAUGCAUACAAUACAAACAACAAA